AUGGCGGAAUUAAAAACAUCGAGUAGGUGCCCCAGCUGGGUGCCAGAGCUUCUAAGCGGCCAUUACUUCUCUCCGUGCCGCCAACACGCCGCGGCGCACAAAUCCGAGCGGAACUUCUUCUGCAUCAAAUGCCGCGGCGACCCUCUUUGCACGCUCUGCGUGCAGAAACACCACGCCGGUCCAGAGCACGACAUUCUGCAAAUCCGCCGCUCGUCGUACCACGACGUCGUGCGCGUCGGCGAGCUCUCGCGCCUUCUAGACCUGCACCACAUUCAGGUCUACGUGAUAAACAGCGCGAAAGUGGUUUUUAUUAAUCCGCGUCCGCAGUCUCGCGUGGUUAAGGGCGCGCCGUUCUUCUGCCGCACGUGCCACCGCACAUUGCUCGACGCCAGUCGAUACUGCUCCAUCGGCUGCAAGCUCGCCGCAUUGCGCCACGACCCCGCGCUUACAUUGCGCCCGCGUGGGGGAGGCUCCGCGGAGCACGUCGCCGCGCGGCCGGCUGCGGGACCUGCACAUUAUGGGUCCAGCGCGGGAGUUGAACGGCCGGCGCGGUCUGGGGACGGACUAUCUGAUGACGACUCGGGCACGUGGUCGGCGGGGCAGCGGCGGAAGGAAGGGGGAAACGAUUGGCGGAACGAGUGGCGCAAGCGUACAUUGCCGCCUCUGCUGGUGGAAGAUAACGGCGCGGCGAGCUCCGGGGAGAGCGACGAGGGGCGCGCGGAGGAGGACGGGGACGAAGUGGUGUCCGGGGACUGGCGGAGGGGCGGCGGAGAGAGGGAGAGGAAGCGCGCGCGCUACGACAAGGCGAAUGUCGCGGAGUCUCUGCGGUAUCCUGAGCUGGUGGGCGCGUCAUCCCCGGUGUUCUCCCCCUUGACUCCGCCCCUGGCGUAUCAACAUGAAGGCAGCACUGGUUCCCCCUGGCGCGCGCACAGGCGGAAGGGCGUUCCGCACCGCUCCCCCUUGUCUUGA